CGAGCGAGAGGCCGAAGCAAGCUCGAUCCGGCAGGACCUGGAUACCAGGACCGCCGACCUCACCAGCCGCCUUCAGGCCGAGGAGGAGGCGAGGCAGAAGGGCGACGAGCAGGAGGCCAGCGCCAGGCAGAAGGACCGCACGGAGCUUGAGGCGGCGAUGGCGAAGCAGGGAGCAGAGAUGGAGGAGAAGCUCAAGGCGGAGGAGGAGGCGAGGCAGAAGGGCGACGAGGAGAUCAAGUUAGCAGCGCUCAAGGCGAUAGAGGAGAAGGAGGCGAUUGCAAACGGGACUCGAGAAUCGGCAUCAGCGCUGGAGCAGAAGAUCCUUGAUGUGGAAACGUCUAUGUCACAGCUGAUGUCGCGCGACCAGUGCCAGGAGCUGGUACAAGCAGCCAAGACAGAGAUGAUGGAGACGUUGACGCAGAAAGCUUCUGAGACUGCAGAGAGCUGCAUGUCCGAGAUCAGCAAAGUGGGGGAGAGGACGAAUCAGAGCAUUGAGGAGCUGAAGGCUUCAGUAGACAACGACAAGGCAGGACAGAGCGAGUUGAAGGCGGAAAUCGAGAAAGAGCUGCGGGAGCUUGAGGCGAAGUUGGAGGAGGUUUUAUCCAGCAAGAUGAAAAGUUUUGAGGAGAGCAGCCAAGGACAAGUGAUCACCAUCGUCGAGGAGCGCGUGCGGACCAGCCUGGAAGCAACAUCGCAGGUGAAGACCUCGCUCGAGGCUCUGCAAGGAGCUGUUGACAAGUUGCAAGAAUGGUCAAAGACGAUCGAAGAUGUCAAGCAGCAACCGAACAGCUCCCAAGAUGCCUCGCAGAUCCAGAGCUUGCAGGACCUUUACGCGUCUCAAGAGAAGAAGAUCAAUCAGAACUACGAUGACCUCAACUUCCGCAUCGACCGGCUGGAAAUCGACGCGCUGAGGACCAGGGUGACGGAUCUCUCCAAGAAGCUCGCGGAGAAAGAGGCAACGUUGAAUUCCCACACUCAGUCGAUCAUUGAGCUGCUUGGAAAGCUUGACAAGCUGAUGCAAGUGACGCCCAAACCUUGCUCGAAUGUUCUUGAGAUGUACAUGUGUAGAUAUGGACAGGAGAUUGAGCAGAGGCGUCAGACUACAGCCCCAUUGGGCAGGAUACACAUCUCGGACAGGGUCUCUGUUACCAGGCCCCAGUCACUCCUCACCCAGCCAUGGGAAGGAAGGAUGGGAGAAGUUGUAUGCGUGCGGAUGGUAAAGAUGGUAGACAAGCAGAGGGGGAGGGAAGAGGGUGGCAGUGUAGCCGUGGAGGAGGGAGAGUCUGCACACGUACUCAGCAUCCAAGCCGAAAGGAUGGUGAAACUGCGAGUAUCCGUUGGACUUGAGCAAGACUCUCCGAGGGAGAAGCAUGAAGUCUCCGACGUUGAGGAGCCCCUGGAAGAGACUAGUCUCUCUGUACACGUUGCUGAACUCCCGCACGGCAUAAGAGGCUUCCAGGCGCUCCUGGAAGGGGUUGAAAGCCUCCCCCUCGUGCAUGGUGAUGGUUCCUUUGAAGGGAAACUCCAAAGCCCUGCUAGUCUCAGGGCUCAUGUCCUCCCGCAUGGCUACGUAGAACCUCUCCCCGUCGCCGCUCUCCUCCAGCACGUCCUCCAGCACGACGUCCACGACGGCACUGGCGAGACUGAAGCUCAGGAUGCAGUCAGCGUUGGUGAUCAGGACGCUGAGGUUCAAGGGGUUGGAAACCGACUUGGCGACGCUGUGCGGCACUUCGAUCAGCCUGAUGGUCAACCCUGCGUCAUGGAAGUAGUCGAUGCCAAGGAAGCUGCUGCCAUUCCUCCCCAGAUCCUCCCACACGCACACGACGAUCUCCGCGCGCACCCCAAAGGAGGACCAGGGGAACUUGGCCAUGGACUCCAGCGACUUGCGAAACCUGCCGAGGAAGUUCCCGCCAUGGUCGUCGUUCCUGACAGCAAAGAUGAUGGAGAGGUCGAUUCCCUCCUGCUGGUCGCACAUGCUUGUUGCGGGGUUCUCGAGUGUGCUAGAUUGAGUAGGAGCAGCAGGAGCAGUCAACGAGAGCUUGUGCUCACUUCGUACCUCGUCCAUAUCGGUUCCAGCCAAGAACCGGUCGAGCAGAGAAUACCUGAAGACGUAGGUGCCUGGAUGCAUGGCAGGGACAUGAACCGAGACGUUGGCCUGAUCACUCGCAUGUCUGCAGCGCAACUGCUUCAUAGUGCGAACUAUCUCUACAUCGUCCGUUCCACAAACUCUGUGAAGCAGCACGAGUGCUCUCCUUCUUCCUCCACCAUCCGCGCUGUCACUCUUAUCCAUCCUCCUCCUCGGCGGAUCUGUUCGACCGACCCCACAUCGCUCCAUUGCAACUGGGACAACCCGCCUCCUCUCCCCUUCCAGCCCUCCGCUAUCCUGAAGCUCUCUCCCUCCUGCUCCUCUGAUCCCCCAACUCCCGCCAUCACCAUCACCAUCACCACCGCCACCGCCACCUGCAUUCUCGUUUGGAUCAACUCGAAAAUCCGAGCAUGCCGAGUUGGUGGAAUGCACUGA